GGCUGAUUUGUGAGUGUGUUGUCCGGGCCAGAAGGCCUCAGUGCUGGGGAGAGGAUGCCACUCUAUGUCCUUACUCCCUGAUGAAAGUGGAAGCUGUGCAGGGCUGAUUUGUGAGUGUGUUGUCAGGACCGGAAGGCCUCAGUGCUGGGGAGAGGAUGCCACUCUAUGUCCUUACUCCCUGAUGAAAGUGGAAGCUGUGCAGGGCUGAUUUGUGAGUGUGUUGUCAGGGCCAGAAGGCCUCAGUGCUGGGGAGAGGAUGCCACUCUAUGUCCUUACUCCCUGAUGAAAGUGGAAGCUGUGCAGGGCUGAUUUGUGAGUGUGUUGUCAGGGCCAGAAGGCCUCAGUGCUGGGGAGAGGAUGCCACUCUAUGUCCUUACUCCCUGAUGAAAGUGGAAGCAGUGCAGGGCUGAUUUGUGAGUGUGCUGUCAGGGCCGGAAGGCCUCAGUGCUGGGGAGAGGAUGCCACUCUAUGUCCUUACUUCCUGGAAUGUAGGAAACUGAGCAGCGACCUUAGAGAAGUGUUUUAAAUUAUGAAGGGCAGAGGAACCGACUCACUCUGGUUUAUUUCUGCUGCAGAUAAUAGCCAGCAGGUGGUACUUCCUUCCACCCGGAAGGCGGACAAGCAGACGGCAAGCAAGCAACGUCAGUCAGAUUCAAAAUGGACACAGAUCUGAACUCGGCCUUCUCCGCCUUCCUGUCAAAUUGUGAGGAUCACCAACUUUUCCGGUUGACGAGAUUCUACAAGGAGCGACUGGAGCAGGCGAUUGAGGAGGGUGUGGAGGGAGUCGGAUUCAUGUUAAUGGGCGAUGAUCACUUCACCGGGCCAGAGUAUCACUGCGUGACUGAGCUGGCGGAGAAGGCAAAUCGAGCGGGCGCUUCCAAACUCCUCCUGGAUCUGGUGAUGGAGAAGGGCUCGGGGACCCGGAAGGUGAUGUGGGAAUCCUUUGUGAAACUACAUCACCAUUUACCGAAGCUGAGAAGAAUACUGAAUGAAAUACGGGAACGUGGUGAUGGCCAGUUCGCCUACAUGGACACUGAGCGGGGUUUAUCUGAAGUACCCAAGCAUCUGAAAGAUGUUCAAAAGAAACACAAGGAGACUUUGCGGACACAGACUGAAACACUGAGAGUGAACACAAUCCUGAUGAGGGAGAAGGUGAAGGUUUUCCAGCUGGUUGAUCGAUACGCUGAGCUCACGGUCAUUUCUACUGUUCGAGAUCGGACACUGGUGGAACACGAGCUGCUGGCAAGAGGCAGAGACCACGAGGAGUGGAGACAGAAACAUCUCCGCAGAGAGCUGGAGAAAAUUCACAUUGCUGAUCUAUUUCAUAAUAGUUACUCACGUAGCUUUCGGGACAAAAUGAAAAGAUUCUUCACACGAUUAACUUCGGGUUGUUCUGUAGCAAUGGCCGGAGUCCCGGGGAUCGGGAAAACGACACUGAUACAAAAGAUUGUUUACGACUGGGCCACGGGGAAAAUAUACCGACAAUUCCACUUUGUCUUCUGUUUCAAAUUCCGAGAUUUAAACUCCAUUAACUGCAGAAUAAACCUGAGGGAACUGAUUCUGGAUCAAUAUCCUUACUUUGGGAAUAUCCUGAGCGAGGUCUGGAGGAAACCAGAGGAAUUGCUGUUUAUUUUCGAUGGUUUGGAUGAAUUCAAACACAGAAUCGAUUUUGCGGACAGUCGGAGAGACACAGAACCCAAGCACCAGUGCCCAGAUCCCGAGUGGUGGUGUGAAGUGUCUGACAUAGUGUACAGUUUAAUCCAGGGCAAGCUGCUCCCAGGGUGUUCAGUGCUGGUGACCACCCGUCCCACUGCAUUACAUUUGUUGGAAAAGGCUGAGAUCAGUGUUUGGACUGAAAUUCUGGGAUUUGUUGGUGAGGAACGGAAGGACUAUUUCAGCAGGUAUUUUGAAGAUCAGACGGUGGCGGAAGCAGUUUUCAAACACGUGCAGGAGAAUGAGAUCCUGUACACUAUGAGCUACAACCCUUCUUACUGCUGGAUCCUCGCUCUGGCACUGGGCCCCUUCUUCACACAAAGAGUCAGGGACCCGCAGAGAGUUCCCAAGACCAUCACCCAACUGUAUUCCUACUAUAUUUACAACAUCCUCAAAAAUCAUGGCCGUGAGAUUGAGAGACCCCGUGAUGUGUUUCUCAGGCUGGGUCAGAUGGCCUACAGAGGAGUGUCUGAGAGGAAGAUUGUGUUUACAGAUGGAGAUUUGAUCAAGUACAGUCUGCAGCCUUCCCAGUUCCUGUCCGGGUUCCUGGUGGAGCUUUUGGAGAGAGAGGAUUCUGCCCAGAGCGUGGUGUACACAUUCCCACACCUCACCAUCCAAGAGUUUGUAGCUGCAGUCGCACAAUUCCUGAAUCCACAUCCUGGCGAUAUCCUGAAAUUCCUCCCUGAAGCCCACAUCAUGACAGAUGGACGAUUUGAGGUAUUUCUCCGCUUUGUUGCUGGUCUCUCCAACCCAAUGACAACUCGGGGCCUGGAGGAGUUUCUGGGUCCAUUUCCUCAUCAAACAACCUGUCGGGUGAUUGACUGGUUGAAGAACAAGGUUAAACGCCAGAGUGGAAACACUGAUGACAUUGGGAGAAGGAGACUCCUGAACACAUUGCACUACCUGUUUGAGUCUCAGAAUCGUGGACUGGCUCAGGCCGCACUGGAAUCCAUGGACACACUUUCAUUCCGUGGAAUGACACUGACCCCGAUUGACUGCGCGGUCCUGUCUCAUGUCAUCGGACUCUGUAAUACAAUCAAACACCUCGACCUGGAGGAAUGCAACAUUCAGUGUGAAGGAAUCCAGCGGCUGGGACCCGGGCUGCACAAGUGCCAGGAGUUGAGACUCGGGGAGAAUGACCUGGGAGAUUCAGGAGUGAAACAGUUGUCUGCGGCUCUGAGCAACCCGGAGUGUAAAAUACAGAAACUGUGGCUGAACAAUGUCGGUCUCACAGACUCUGGUGCCGAGUAUCUCGUCUCCGCUCUCAGUACAAAACCAUCACUGACGGAGCUGGACCUGAAUUAUGAUAAAAUGGGAUAUUCAGGAGUGAAACUGGUGUUUUUGGCUCUUGGGAACCCGGUGUGUAAAACACAGAAACUGUGGCCGAACAAUGUCGGUCUCACAGAUUCUGGGGCCGAGGAUUUCGUUUCCAGUCUCAGUACAAAUCGAUCACUGACGGAGCUGUACCUAAGUCUUGAUGAACUGGGAGAUUCAAGAGUGAAACUGGUCUCUGCGGCUCUGAGGAACCCGGAGUGUAAAAUAGAGAAACUGUGGAUGAGGAAUGUCGGUCUCACAGAUUCUGGGGCCGAGGAUCUCACCUCCGCUCUCAGUACAAACCCGUCACUGACAGAGCUGGACCUGAGUAAUAAUAAACUGAGAGAUUCAGGAGUGAAACUGGUGUCUGCGGCUCUGAGGAACCCGGAGUGUAAAAUACAGAAACUGUUGCUGUGGAGAGUCGGUCUCACAGAUUCUGGGGCCGAGGAUCUCAUCUCCGUUCUCAGUACAAAACCAUCACUGACGUGGCUGGACCUGAGAGAAAACUCUCUGACAGACCGAUCUGUCCCCGCUCUCCGCCGCCUCAUACUGACACUCCAGAGUCUGAAGCUGAUCUGGCUGGUGGGGAAUCGGUUCAGUGAGACCGGGGAAAAGGAACUGGAGCCUCUGCGGGGAGUCAGACCCGGACUGGAAGUGGCCGUGUGAACAUCUGAAUGGGGUCAAUCGGUUCAGUGAGACCGGGAGGAAGGAACUGAGAUCUCUGCAGGAACUGGAGCCUCUGCGGGGAGUCAGACUCGGACUGACAGUGAUCCUGUGAACAUCUGAAUGUGUGAACAUCCCCGCCCGCGGGAUGGAGCCGAUUCCCCCCUGCCCAUUAACUCGCCCUCCCCUUUAACUGCCCCCUGCCUCUCCACUUUAACUCUCCCCACCCCUCUCCUUUAACUCCCGCCCUUAACUUUAAUGGCCGCGAGCCGGGGCUGAUUCCCAACUGUCUUAACGGAACUGGCUCCGGUCUCGAGCUCGGUGAAAUCGGAAGCGCUCCCGCAGUGACGUGCUUCUGCCGGAUGUGCGGGUCCGAGACUCUCCCGCGUGCCACCCCGGGGAAUUACCCGGACGGGAGGAGCCCGGGGGCCCGGGGCUCAGUCUGGGACACUGGUGUCCCGGGAGAGAAUCCUUUUGCCCCCUCUGCUGAGGACGGGGCAUUCGGCUGUCUGGCUGAUAUAAUGAUGUUAAAUUGACAAAUACCUCAGCAAUGGCUUUGGAUCCGCAGCGACCCCGGACACGGCCCUGAAGUGUGAUUUUAUAAUCAUCGGUUCCCCGAUGCAGAGUGACGGUGAUAGACGGGACUGAUUAAUCUACCGGUCACCCGGUGUCGCCGGUCAGUUAAUUGCGAGUGUCUGUGAGCGAGUCGGGAACAGUGUGGCGACCCACUUUCUGCGCAGGUGCACCUGCUCACAAAUAGCCAGCGCUCCUGAGCUCUUCUGACGGCAUUUCCGCCCGGAGAGUGCGGGCACUCGGGAUGAAAUUCCAGCGCUGCGAAGUUUGAAUAAACUAGUCUGGAACAGAUUUAUCGACAGCGUGUCGUUGUCUCUAACUCUGUACGUAGUACAUAGCUACAACAGCUUAUUUAUUCCCGCAAGUCAGCAGCUCGCAUACUGUUUAAUUUGCAUUUAUCAUGAUGAAAUCAAUAAACCGCUGUAACUUCCUGA